AUGCCGAAGGUCAAGGCCCACGAACUCAGGACUAAGAAGAAGAACGAGCUGGUCAAGCAGCUUGAGGAGCUCAAGACCGAGCUCGCCUCCCUGCGCGUCCAGCAGGUGACCGGUGGCGCCCCCUCCAAGCUCGCCAAGAUCAAGGAGAUCAGGAAGUCCGUCGCCCGCGUGAACACCGUGAUCAGCCAGACCCAGAGGCAGCAGCUGCGCAUGUUCUACAAGGAGAAGAAGUACAAGCCCCUCGAUCUCCGCGUGAAGAAGACCCGCGCCAUCCGUCGCCGCCUGACCAAGAAGGAGAAGAACGCCAAGACCGUCAGGGAGACCAAGAAGCUCGCCCACUUCCCCCUGCGCAAGUUCGCCGUUAAGAGCGCCUAA